CAUAUAUUAAAUAUAAUAAGAAUAAAACCAGAGAUAAGUAUUCUUUCAUUUAAACAUGCUGUCCUAGCUGUCUCUGUUUUAUCUACAAUCUAAUUGACAGGUUAUGUUGUAUAAGUGUGUGUUGGUGUGUAUUAGUGUGUGUUGGUAUGUGUUAGUGUUUGUUCGGCGUUCAACUUCUACAAGUAAUACAAUAUGUAUUGUAGACUGACAGGCAGCCAGUGUGUCAGGGUUGUCGUGGGAACAAGGAGGUUUUUGACACGAGAGUCACGUUUUUUUGCGAGUGGGAGCAACUCUCCUAUUGGCCGACCCAUGCGGCACAGGGUCAGUUGGAAUGUAUUUGGACCAAUCACAAAAGAGGAAGUCAGCGUGUGGGAAGGCUCUGUGAUCGCUGCAUCUGACCUCUCAACCCAGCUAGAUGAUUAUCUGGGAUUGCUGCGUCUGGUCUGACUAUCUAACCAGAGGACUACAUGUGAUUGCUGCGACUGGUCUGAUUAUCUAACAAGGGGACUACAUGUGAUGGCUGUAUCUGGCAUGACUACUUAACUAGUGGAUUAUCUUUGAUUGCUGAAUCUGGUCUGGCUGCAAAACUCGUGGAUUACCUGUGAUCACUGCAACUGGUCUGACGACUCAAUUAGUGGAUUACCUUUGAUCACUGCAUCUGGUCUGACUAUUAAAGCAGGGGAUUGUUUUUGAUUGCUGCAUCUGGUCUGACUACUAAACUCGUCGACUACCUGUGAUCACUACAACUGGUUCUGACAGAACUAAAGCAGUGGAAUAUUUGUGAUUGCUAAAUCUGGUCUGACUGAACCCAACUAGUGGACUAUUUUCUGAUCGCUGCACAUGGUCGGUUAAAACUAAACAAGUGGACUAUUUGUGAUCGCUAUACACGGUUUAAAAGAACAAAAAAAAGUGGAUAAGCUCUCGCAGGACGACUGCCAUUGGCUGACCACCGGAGUGACGUUGUGAUCGGUAUCAGAUUGCAUCAACUUGAUCAGUUGGAUGGACAAAGCUGAUUGGUCAGAUAUGUUUGGAAGCGUGAAGGACAUAAUCUCAGUGUUGGAGCGGGCAAAGGAAGUCCCGCCUUCUCCUUCACGGCCCCGCCCCCCAAACACCCCUCCAAUCCCCCGCAAUGUUCUGCGGUGUCUGACCACACCCACCAGCCAGUGCCCUUCAGUGGAGCUGAGGGGUCAGGGAAAGGUCAGAGGGGUCAGGGAGUCCUGGCCCGGCGCCACACCGGCUCCACUCGACAGGAAGUCCCCGCAUCAACUUCCUCCCUUGACUAACCUUAACCCUAACCCUACCCACCCUGCCAACCUUAACCCUUCUAACCUUGACCUUAACCCUGCUAACCUUAAUCCUACUUACCCUACGAACCUUACUCACCCUACCAACCUUAACCCUACCAACCUUAACCCUACCAACCUUAACCCUACCAACCUUAACCCUACUAAACCUACUAACACUAGGAUCCCUCCUAUCACGACUAACCUUAACCUUACUAGCCUUGACCUUAACCCUACUAGCAUUGACCUUAAACCUACUAACCUUAACCCUACUAACACGACUAACCCUAGCCCUAACCCUAACCCUAACACGACUAACCCUAACCCUAACCCUAUCACGACUAACCCUAAUUGCUCUGCUAACCUUAACCCUACUAACCUUGGACUUAACCCUACUAACCCUACUUACCUUCACCCGACUAGCCCUAACCCUGCAAACAGUACUAACCUUAACCCUACUAACCCUAACCCUACUAACCUUGGACUCAACCCUACCAACCCUAUAAACUCUAACCCUACCAACGCUACCCCUCCUGUGAUGUCACCGCCCAUUGGGCAGAGCUACGCUGUGAUGAGUGAUGCUGGUCUGGACCUGAACACCAUCGAUACCAAGAUCCAACAGGCCAUGGACCUGGUGAAGAGUCACCUCCAGCUUGCCAUUAGGGAGGAGAUGGCCGUCCUUCAACAGCAGAUCAGAGAUCUUCAAGACAAGAACAAUCAACUGCAGAGAGAGAACUACACUCUCAGGUCCCUGCUCAACAAACCCUGAUACAGACAAGCAAUCUCACACACCUACAUACAGGCACACGUGCACCCACACACGCACACACGUGCACAUGCACAGGCGCACACUCACACGGGCACACACACACAAGCACACACACAAACACGCACACGCGCACACACAAACAUGCACACGCACGCACGUGCGCGCAAAGGCACACGCACACGCACACACACGGUGAUAUCAUAUGUUUGAAUUAUUAGGUUUUAUGUCUGCUAUCACCAACAUGUAUAGUUCAGAAAUGAAUACUAUUAUAUAUGUAAUAUAAUUUGAUUGAUUUUGUUUGUAUAGUUAUUUUUAUAAAUUAAUUAUAUACAUUUGGUUUGUAUAGUUUGCUUAAAAAAAGAAUAAUAUAUAUUUGGUUUCUAAAGUUAGUUUACUCAAUUAAAAUUAUACAUUUGGGUUGUUUAGUUUAAUCAAUUGUUAUAAAAAAUGUGUUUGUAUAGUAAGUAUUAAUGUAAAGGCCUUUGUUUAGUUAGUUAAAAAAAUAGAUAGUGUAAAUGUGUUUUAUAGUUUAAUAAAUUAUAAGAUACACAUUUUGUUGACAGCCAAACUUUAUUCAUUCCAUCUCAAUAUAACUCUCUAUAAUGAUAUUUAUAUUGUCUAACAUGGCUGCCUCCAAGUGGCCAAAAGAGACACUACACCUAACGAUCCGUAUCAAUAUAUAUAGAUUGGUAUGUGUAGUAAAUAUUGCAUCUAGAUAUGAUCCAUGUUAAUGUUAUAAAGAUACCUUCAAUAUGAAUAUAAGAACAUGAAUAUAUCAAUAUUGAUCACAUUCAUAAAAGAUACUUCAAUAAUAAUAUAUAGAUACCCUUAAUAUAAAUAUUAUACCAUCAAUGACAAUAUAAUAUAGGGAUACAUCAAUAUUAUUAUCAUACCAUCAAUAUUAAUAGCAUGCAUAGAUGCAUCAAUAUCAAUACAAAAAGAGAUACCAUGGAUAUUUAUAUAUCAAUAAUAUACAUAGAUCCCAUGAAGAUUCAUGCAUAGAUGCAUCAAUAUAAAUAAAAAUAUAGUUGCACCAAUAUUUAUAUUAAAUAUAGACGCAUCGAUAUUAUUAUUGAGAUACAAACAGAUGCAUCACCAGAGACCCCGAUAUCCACUCAAACACAGACCCCCACACAGGGCAUUUGGGAUUAACGGUUGGGGUUAGUGGAUGUAUUUCAUAGUCUGAUGGAGGUCACGUGGUGGAGGGUGGGGGUGGGAGGGGGGGGUGGGGCUGGCUAGUGUGUGUGUG